UGCAAAUUUUGCAACACCAGCCACUCCUCCGCAUGAUCACGUGAUCCAGCUAAAAUCAAAAUGGCCGGAACAACUUACUCCUCUCAAACUUUAAAAGAUUUUGAGCCAGAGUCUUUUGUCCUCGACAAAUACAUAGAGAAAUUGGCUCAGAUGGAUCCCAACACUGGCCUGGGACCAUUGAGCAAAAAACAGGACAUGCCUUUUGACUCUGAAGUGCUACUGGCAUCCUUUAAAACUAGUCUGGGUCAUCUUCACGAUCUCAGUGACAAGAUCAACAAACGUGUUGAGAGAUUAGAGUUUGUGUGCAUGAAACAAGAGAGGGACCACCAGGCCCGUGUCAAAGAACUGGAACCAAUGUUUCAAGAUGCUUUUAGUGAGUUUCAAGUCCUUGAGGAUCGUAUUACGUACGUGGCACGUAAAGUGGUCCAUCUUGGUGACCAGCUGGAGACAUUGAACGCACACAGACAGAGAGACAUUGAGGCUCACAGGCUGAUGGACAUUUUAUCAGAAUUUAAGGAAAAAUCCAAACCAUCCUGUCCAGAAUUUAAUGACGCGACACGGUUACCCGAAGCUGCUGAUCUGAUACACAAGUUACAUACACUUGUAUCUGAGCUGCCUAAAGCAUUAGAGUAUCAAGAAAUGAGAACUAAUAUUCUCGAGAGAUAUUUUGACAUUCAGCAACAGCUGGUGGGUAAGUUCUGUGAAGCUCUCUCAAGCUCUGACGUCAAGAGAAUGAGAGUUUAUGCUUCGACGCUUCAGAAUUUCCCUGAAGGAGCCAAGACUUGUGUAAUAAACUACAUUGCUCACCAUAUCGCUACUCUUAACCAGUCUGGUAGUACGGGAACUGAAGAUGUUUUCAGGAACGUUGAGCAACGAAGUGCUAAGGUAUACAAGCAAACAGUCGAAGUGUUUGAUGCGCCUGAUGAUAUAAUGAUGAAAUACAUACAACAGGCUACUGAGAAAUAUCUUUUUGAUCACGUUUCAAGAGAGCUCCAAGAUGCUGGCAGUAAUAAUGUUGAGCAAUACCUACAUAAACUAUUUCAGCUUCAUCUGAGGGCAAUGAUCCUCAGAGACAGUUUAGCAAAGCUUGACAAUAAAUUUGAUCGUGCGUUUUUAACAAAGUUACUUCGUGUGAGUUUGUUCAGCGACCAUUUAUCAGGAUAUGCCGAGUCAGAGGUCCAUAAUCUUGAGAAGAAAUGUCAAUUUUGUAUCGAAGAAUUCAAUUCAUCAGUCGGGAUUGUAAAGAAAGGAAACAACGUCAGUAGAGCAGCUGGUCAGCAGAUGAUACUGGACUCAUUAUCAAGUCCUGACGAAGCCUUUAUAUCGGAGAACGUGUGCACGAGCAUACUGAGUGAAUCUAAGAACUCAAUUAAGAGAUGCAAAGAGUUGCUGGUGGAUAGGGAGCUCUCUCAUGCAAUGAGGGAUAUAUUCCUGACUGUGUUUGGAGCUUUGUCUGAUCACUUUACUACAGCUCUUGAUCUUGCUAUCGACGUUAAAGUAGCCCCCACUGGUCUAUUCCUUCAAGUUGUUGGUUGCGUUAAUAAGAACAUCCAUCUUAUAGAGAAACAGUUCAGAGAAAUAAUACUACCAGCCAUUCAGUAUGCUCCUGUAGCAGCUGCUUGUAAUGAAAAGAAGAGAAGUCACAUGAGCAAACUAGAGACAAAGAUUGAAGCUGGGACUGAGAAGUCCAUAACUGCCAUGGUGGCAUCACUCAGUCAAAUAUUAUCAACUCAAAAGAAGACUGAUUAUAAACCUGAUGAGCCUGGGAUACCUCAAAUGUCUUCAGUCUGUACUAAAGCUGUAUCUCACAUAACCCAAUGUACCAAGGUCAUCAAGAUGUCAUUCGAUGGCAAGAAUCAAGAGAUUAUCCUCCUUGAGUUUGGCAUCAGAGUCCAUCGCGUUCUCUUUGAGCACAUACUGACAUUCUCUGUCAGCUCUGCAGGUGCUAUGUUCUUGAUUUGUGAUGUGAAUGAAUACAGAAAAGGACUUAAAGAAUUUGGAAUACAUUUUCUUGACGAGGUCUUUGAGAACCUUCAGACCCUGUGCAACCUUUUUAUAGUGAAACCUGAGAACCUGAAGCAAGUCUGCUCCGAAGAACCUUAUGUGAGAUUUGAUCGUGCUGUCAUUACCAGAAUGAUUCAACUCAGAACUGAUUAUAAGACUUCUAAAAUUGGAAAAAUAUUCAACCAUUGAAGUAGUCAAUAUCAACAUGUAGCCUUAUAUGUUCCUGUCUGUGUGUCUUUUUAUAAUAUUGAAAUAGCUGCAAUUAUGAUAGAA